GCCGCAAGCCUGUGGGGCGGUUCGUGGGGUGGCCCAAAGCAGGAUGAAGUUUUGCCGGGGACCGGCCCUGCCCGGCGCGAGCCAAUGGCAGGGGAGAACCGGCAGGAGCGAGCACCGCCCACCGCGAGCCCUCGGGGGCGGGGCCUGCCCAGGGGCGGGGCCACGGCCGAGGGCGGGGUAGGGAGGCAGCAUGCUAAACCGGGUGCGCUCGGCCGUGGCGCACCUGGUGAGCUCCGGGGGCGCCCCGCCUCCGCGCCCCAAGUCGCCGGACCUGCCCAACGCGACCUCGGUGCCGCCUGCCGCCCCUCCAGAAACGCCCAAGAGCCCUCCGGCGAGGACUGGGAGCGGGAGCGCGGCGCCCGCGAAGACAGUAGAGGCUCGAGCGAGCUUCUCCAGACCGACCUUUCUGCAGCUGAGCCCAGGGGGCCUGCGACGCGCCGACGACCACGCUGGCCGGGCUGUGCAAAGCCCCCCGGACACCGGCCGUCGCCUACCCUGGAGCACAGGCUACGCCGAGGUCAUCAACGCUGGCAAGAGCCGGCACAAUGAGGACCAGGCUUGCUGUGAGGUGGUGUAUGUGGAAGGUCGGAGGAGUGUUUCAGGGGCACCAAGGGAGCCUAGCCGAGGCCAGGGACUCUGCUUCUACUACUGGGGCCUAUUUGAUGGGCAUGCAGGGGGUGGAGCUGCUGAAAUGGCCUCUCGGCUCCUGCAUCGCCAUAUUCGGGAGCAGCUAAAGGACCUGGUAGAGAUACUCCAAGACCCCUCGCCACCUCCCCUCUGCCUCCCAUCCACGCCAGGGGCCCCAGUUUCCUCUGAUUCCUCUCACUUGGUUGGUCCUCAGUCCUGCUGGUCUUCGCAGAAGGAAGUGACCCAUGAGAGCCUGGUCAUAGGGGCCAUUGAGAAUGCCUUCCAGCUCAUGGAUGAGCAGAUGGCCCGGGAGCGGCGUGGCCACCAAGUGGAGGGGGGCUGCUGUGCACUGGUUGUGGUCUACUUGCUAGGCAAGGUGUAUGUGGCCAAUGCAGGCGACAGCAGAGCCAUCAUCGUCCGGAAUGGUGAAAUCAUUCCAAUGUCCCGGGAGUUCACCCCGGAGACUGAGCGCCAGCGUCUUCAGCUGCUUGGCUUCCUGAAACCAGAGCUCCUGGGUGGUGAAUUCACCCACCUUGAGUUCCCCCGCAGAGUUCAGCCCAAGGAGCUGGGGCAGAAGAUGCUGUACAGGGACCAGAACAUGACCGGCUGGGCCUACAAAAAGAUCGAGCUGGAGGAUCUCAGGUUUCCUCUGGUCUGUGGGGAGGGCAAAAAGGCUCGAGUGAUGGCCACUAUUGGGGUGACCCGGGGCUUGGGAGACCACAACCUCAAGGUCUGCAGUUCUACCCUGCCCAUCAAGCCCUUCCUCUCCUGCUUCCCUGAGGUGCAAGUGUAUGACCUAACGCAGUACGAGCACUGCCCAGAUGACGUGCUAGUCCUGGGAACAGAUGGGCUGUGGGAUGUCACCAGUGACUGUGAGGUAGCUGCCACUGUCGACAGGGUGCUGUCAGCCUAUGAGCCCAAUGACCCCAGCAGGUAUGGGUUGUAUGGCAGCGAGGGGGGAACAGUGGGGAAGGAAGGGGCAAGGGAAGCAGUGUUUGGGGACCCACAUGAGGGCCUGUGCAUCUAUCUUCCUGUAUACAUGUUGGUACAUGAAUGUGCACAUGUGCUCCUGGCAGGUACACAGCUCUGGCACAAGCUCUGGUCCUGGGGGCCCGGGGCACCCCCAGGGAUCGUGGCUGGCGUCUUCCCAACAACAAGCUGGGUUCCGGGGAUGACAUCUCGGUCUUCAUCAUCCCCCUGGGAGGGCCAGGCAGUUACUCCUGAGGGGCUCAGCCCUGACCCUCCCACCACUAUCCCAGCCUCUCCAGUCUUACCCCUCUCCCAGCCCAAAUUCUGAAGUUGUCUCCCUGACCUUCUUUAGUGGCAAAUUAACUGAAGAAGGGGUAUCAGUUAGAUACAAAAUUAUAGCUAUUGGCAAAUAAACCAGAUGGAUAAAGGUGUGUGUC